AUGACUACACAAGACCCAAACAAUGUUGGUUGGGUCAGCGAGCCAACAACGCGCGGCACAUCAUCACUAUUGUAUACUUGCAUAUCGACGACCAUCAUAUGCACGUGGAGCGCACUCCAUCUGAAUGUGCCUAGGGAAGGCUUAUCUGCUAGUCGUGUGCUUCUCUACAAGAUCGUUGGGUUUAUGUUGGCAAUCAUCGCGCCUGAAUAUUUCGUUGCAUGCGCUGUCGGCGAAUGUUUUGCUGCCCACAGAAUAAGUAAAAUCCUGGCUGAGAUCUUGCCGGGCGGGCGCAAAUGGUCGCAUGCGUUCAGUCACCUCAUAUCGAUGCGUGGUGUCAAGCUCCGGCUAUCGACAGCACCAGACGCCCCCGAAGCGAUCCUACGCAUUCCCGAUAUGAUCAGAUUCAUCGAGCAAGGCUGGAUCGAAUGCGAAGAAUUCUCCAUCGCAGCUGUACAAGAUAAGAGCAAAGCUAAUCCCUUCAACAAAACCGUGGCUUCGAUACAAAUCUUCUGGUUCUUUUCCCAACUUCUCGGCAGGCUUACAUCCACCAUAGAAAUAUCCCCGUUGGAGUGGUUCACGCUGGCAUACGUUAUGUGUGCUUUCUUUAUGUACGGAUUUUGGUGGUAUAAACCUUUCGAUGUCCAAACUCCGCUUUUGAUAUACCCUGAUCCGUCGCUGUCUGCAGAACAAACGCUUGAGCUCAAACAUUCUCUCCCGAAAUGUUUAAAAGACAGGCACAAGUGGAAUGAUAUAGGCGAACUACUAGAUCUUGUGCCGGACAAAGAAGAAUUGAAUACGAUGACGACACGUGACAGGGUGUGGAUAGACCAGCUUCCGAUCAACAAGCUGUUCACCAUAGCUAUAGCGAUAUCUAUAGUGCUGUUUGGGUCUUGUCAUCUGUUUGGGUGGAACUACCCAUUUCCGACAACUCUUGAAACAUACUUAUGGAGAUCUGCCAGCAUAUCCUGCGUGUGUGUCCCUUUGACCUUGCUGGCUUUAGCGUUUUUGAUACCGGUUGGCGGACUCAGUGGGUUAUGGGACAUGCUUGAAGAUUACGCGUGGGCCACACUGAGCAUUAUAUACGUGUUGGUACGGUUGUUCCUGCUCUUCGAGGUAUUUUUCGCAUUACGAUCUUCUCCUCCAGAGAUAUACAAAGCGGUACCAUGGGCUCAAUAUCUUCCUCACAUCUAG